AUGUCACCGCACCACGACGCACCUUCUCCUGCAAACAGCUACAGUCAAGAUACCGACUUCCACCAUUCUGUUCAGUCCGUCUACACUAUGAGCCAAUAUAACAACUUCGACACCAGCUCAAUGGAGUCUACCGAUAUGGGUAUUCGACGAUCCUUGGUUCCUGGCAUCUAUGUUCCCACCGUAGCGUUCUUCGAACCAUCAUCGGAUAACGUUGACGUCGAGACCACUGCCAGCCACGCCGUCCGCCUAGCCAAAGCUGGUGUUGCUGGAAUCACCACACAGGGAUCCAACGGCGAGGCUGUCCACCUGUCACACAAGGAACGUGAUCUCAUCACCAACACCACCCGCAAGGCUCUUGAUGAUGCGGGCUUUGGUUACAUGCCCAUAAUCGUUGGAUGUGGUGCUCAGUCCACUCGGGAAGCCAUCGAACUCUGCGAAGAGGCAGCUUCGGCUGGCGGAGACUACGCUCUGGUACUUCCACCAGCGUACUACCAAGGCUUGUUCUCGAAGGAUACCAUCAAAGAGUUUUUCCAGGACGUAGCCACCGCUUCGCCCAUUCCAAUUCUCAUCUACAACUACCCCGGUGCAGUCUCUGGACUGGAUCUCAACUCCGAUGUUAUCAUCGAAUUGGCUCAGCACCCGAACAUCGUUGGCUGCAAGUUGACCUGUGGCAACACCGGGAAGCUCAACCGCAUCGCCGCAGCAACACGUGCUGCCACUGUCUCAGAUCCUGGAUCCGGCUUCAUGUGCAUGGGCGGGUCCGUUGACUUCACACUGCAGACACUGAUUGGAGGCGGAUCCGGUAUCAUUGGCGGCAUGGCCAACAUCGCGCCCAAGACGUGCGUCAAGCUUGUGGAGCUGUUCGAGGCUGGCAAGCUCGCGGAAGCCCGCAAACUCCAGGCCAUCGUUGCCCGAGGAGACUGGGCGGCUAUCCAAGGCGGCAUCAUUGGCACCAAAGCUGGGCUUAUGGCCCAUUUCGGAUAUGGAGGCUAUGCUCGUAAGCCUCUCCCUAGGCCCGGAAAAGACGAAGUUCGCAAGUGGCGAGAUGCCUUCGACGAGCUUGUCAAGACUGAGAACUCUCUUUGA